AUGAAAUCAAUUCUAAGAUCAAUAAUCUCCCUCCCCAAAAAGAUCCACUAUGACGCCCCCACAAACAUCCAUUAUGAUUUCUCAUACAUUACACCCCAAUUAAUAGUCAGUUCAGCCCCCAUAUCAUCAUCAGCAUCAUCCUAUUUCCAAUCAUGGUAUCGAUAUCCCAUUGACGAUCUCUUAUUGAUCCUCCAAACCAACCAUCCCAACUUGUGGCAUUUAUGGAAUUUCCGGGGAGAAGGGUCUGGAUAUGAGGAUUGGGAGGUUAUGUAUCGAGUGAGUCAUUAUCCUUUUCCUGAUCAUUAUCCGCCGGCGAUUGAAUUGAUUCGGGAAUGUGUGGGGGAGAUAUUUGAAUAUUUGCAUGGGAGUACCAAAGAUGGAGAGAGUGAGAUGGAGGGGGAGGGGGAGAAUGAUGAGAGGGUAGCGGUGUUGCAUUGUAAAGCUGGGAAAGGACGGAGUGGAACUUUAUGUUGUUGUUAUUUGAUGUAUGAACAAUAUAUGAAAACCCGGGUGAUAAUGGAAGUAGAUAAAGUGAUUGAAUUAUUUACUGAAAAGAGGAUGCAACGAUUUGCGGGAGAUGGGAUUUCGAUAAUUUCACAACGUCGAUAUCUUAAUUAUUGGUAUGAAUAUCUUAAAUUUCUGCAACUGGAACGAAUUAAAUAUUUUGAAUUUAUUAAUAGUGGUAAUCGGCGAUCAAUUACCAAGAUUAGAGUUGGAUUAAUACGAUAUAUCAAAGAUUUCUAUGAUUUAGAUUUACAUAUCCUGGGAUAUAUCCGAACAAAAGAUCAAAAAGGUCGAUAUCAUCUCCAAGAGAAAUUACUUCAAACUAUAACUCGAGAGAAUUCUACAAUUAUGUUACAUAAUCAUCAAGGAUAUGACGAUAUAUACUUUAUUCCUAAUACAGUUAUUCAAUUGAAUUCAUGUUUAGAUAUAAAUAUAGGAAUUAGAACUUGGUGUUAUUGUUGGUUUAAUAUUUAUUUUGAAACAAUUACUUCAAGUACUGGAAGUUUUAAACUAUUAUGGGAAGAUAUUGAUGGAUUUAAAGGUACUAAUCAACGAGGAUAUAAAGUGUUUGAAGAUAUGGAAAUAUAUUUCCAAGGUUAA